AUGGCGCUUAAGCUUCCAGCUGCUGAAGCUGCAAAUGUUGCGAUUCAGUCAAUUGGAUGUGGUUAUGAUAUCUCGUUAGAUCUGAGGCUUGAGCAUCGCAAACGUCGUUAUGAUUCAGAUUUUGGUAAUAAUCCAUAUCGAAAUUGCCGUUUGAUAGAAAUUGAGGAAGAUGAAGGUAGAGAUAUUGUGCUUCCUGGUGGGCUUCUACUUCUCAAUGUUCCCAAAUCCAUCAAAUGUCAUGAAGGCCAGCAUACGCGACUUCAUUCUGAUGUUCUUUCUUUUCCGCAGAUGUCGGAGCAAUUCAACCAGGAAUUAUCAUUAGCUGGGAAAUUUCCUUCAGGCCUCUUCAAUUAUGUGUUUGAUUUUUCUGGAAAUUGGAAGAAAGAUGCAUCAAGUACUAAAACCCUAGCUUUUGAUGGUGUUUUCAUCUCUUUGUUUUCAUCUCCGUGA